CGCACAGCCACUUCAGUGACCCUCUUUAGCGCCGGCCCUCAGGGAGGGAGUUGACCAGAUGUUCGACGAAUAUGUAGAACAUUCUACCAACGCCGGAUCGUUCUUCCCCCCGGCUCGUUCACUUCCACACCUUCAGUACGAGGGUUUUGAACCUGCUGGAGACCAGGACGAAUUGGCUUUUGAGGCUGGUGGUGCUUAUGGGUUGAAUGCUUAUGCUUCCCAAAAUCUAUACCCUAUAUUCGCUCUCGAGACUGUGCAGCACACAUUCCCCAGUGCACUAGUUUCGAUGACAGUUUCUUCAAAAAUUAUUACGAUGGCGUUCAAAACUAACAGUUUGCAACAAAUCGACCUCGACAGGGCGGAGGAUAUUCGUAACAUUACCCUCGAAGUCAAGAAAGGCAGGGGGACAGCGGAGCUGAGCAUCUCAAAAAUAUUCUGUGAUCCAACGGGACGGCACGUAAUAAUUGGCACAGCUCAAGGAGAAAACUAUUAUCUGUUUGAAGGAUGGUCGAAGGCACGACUGCUUCCAAAGUGCAAGCUAGUCAUAGAGUCCGUGGCCUGGAAUCCUGCCCCCCCAUCCAAGUCCUCUGUCUCUGCGCAUCCGCGGACCUCCGCUCGGGAGAUUCUUCUCGGCGGACGCAAUGGCACCAUUUAUGAGAUGCACCUAGACGCACAAGAAGAUAUUUUCAAGACCCCAGAUAGAUAUGUGUCGCCACUCUACACUUUCACCGAGCGGCAUCCUAUAACAGGAUUACACGCAGAGUAUAUGUCCUCUGGUGCUGGCGGAGCAUCGGGCGACAGCAAGCGGCUGGUCGUGCUCGCUACAUCUGCUACACGGAUCUAUCAGUUCAUCGGGAUAAUUGAGAGGAAGCCGGAAGAAAUAGGGAAGCUUUAUGACCCAGUGUUCGCAACCUAUCGGGACGUUGCACCUAAAUUUCUCGAACUCCAAGGAAAUAAUCAACACUCUGAGCUUCAUGUAGUCCCGAAGUCAAGAAGCGUUCGCACGAUGGCUUGGAUGACAGGACAGGGGAUCUACUAUGGCAUGUUAAAUCUCUCCGCACCAUCAACCUCCGACAUUAUCGAGUCCGCCACCCUCCUUCCGUAUCCCUACUCGGCCCCAUCAUCACCCACUACGCCCCCUUCCUCACCAAAACUGUCCCAGAACCCGAUGCCGCUGUCGAUGCUUAUAACAGACUACCACUUCCUACUGUUAUACCCUGAUCGUGUGUGUGCUGUUAGCAAUCUAGGAGGAGUGGAGAGGCUUGUAUAUGAAGAGUUCCUUGCACUGAAACCUUCAGAGAAACCACUUUACCUUGCCUCUGACACCAAGAGCAAAACGUAUUGGGUGUACAGCAAUUCAUCUAUGUUCGAGGUUAUUGUCAACGAUGAGGACAGAGAUGUUUGGAAGAUUUAUCUUGAGCGCGAGGAUCAUGAAAAGGCAUUGAAAUACGCUAAGACCGCGUCACAACGAUCCGUUGUUAACGCAUCCCUUGGUGACCAAUAUUUCAAGUCGCAAAACUAUAUCAAAGCGGCUCAGUGCUAUGCCCAGAGCAGUCGUGGGUUCGAAGAAGUAUCGCUCAGCUUCAAUGAUAUUGGAGAAAGCGAUGCGCUGCGUUACUUUCUCGUCAAAAGGCUUGAAACCAUGCCGAAGAGCAUGCUGAUACAACGGACCAUGCUGGCAUCAUGGCUGGUUGAGUUUUACCUCGGAAAACUGAAUACCCUCGACGAUCUUGUUGCGGCAGAGAGCACUUCACAGGAUGUUGACAAUUUGAAAGCCGAAAGGGAUGAAAUCACCGAGGAACUCCAUCAGUUCUUGGUCACAUACAAAGCUAGUUUGCAUAAGAAAACCACAUACGAGCUCAUACAAAGUCAUGGGCGAACCGACAUUUUCCUCCAUUACGCCAUGACUGUCGGUGAUUAUGAAAAGGUUGUAGAGACGUAUGUCAUGGACGAGGAGUGGCUCAAAGCUGUCGACGUGCUCAACAGACAGUCAGACUUGAAUUUAUUUUAUCGGUUCUCUCCAGUUCUCAUGCGACAUGCCCCUAAGGAGACAGUCGAAUCUUGGCUAAGACGAACUACUCUGGACCCUCAUCGUCUCAUUCCUGCGUUGCUGCAAACCCAGCACCUUCCACCUUCACCUCUGUCACCAAACUACGCUGUCCACUACCUCAACCGUGUAAUUUUUGAUUUAGGGUCAACAUCUCCGAUGAUCCACAACCUCCUGCUUACGUUCCUUGCCUCUAAUUCGUCAUCACAACCCGCCUCGUCUCCAACAGUAUCAUCUAGCAAGCUUCCUAAUGGCACUACAACCCCGGAUGUCCGUCCAGGUGUGAAACUCGGUUCCGAGUCAUCGGUCGAUCGUCCUUUGCUCCGCUUUCUCUCCACGGCACCUAAGAACCCCAUCACGUCUCGGCCAUACUAUGACCUUGAUUAUGCCUUGCGCCUUUGCAAGCGCAACAAUCGACUUUCUGCUUGCGUACACAUCUAUGCUCAGAUGGAGAUGUGGGAAGAUAGCGUCGAGUUAGCCCUACAGAUAGGAGAUGUUGAGCUCGCCAAGACGUACGCAGACAAACCAGAAGGUGAUGAAAUCCUCCAAAAAAAGUUGUGGCUGAUGACAGCAAAGUACGUCGUCCAAGACAAGAAGGACAUUAAGUCUGCAAUGCAAUUCCUUGAAAGUACAAAUGUACUCAAGGUUGAGGACAUAUUACCGUUCUUCCCUGACUUCGUCGUCAUCGAUGAUUUCAAGGAUGAAGUUUGCAAUGCUUUGGAAGGAUACAGUGCUCGCAUUGAAGAACUCAAGAACGAGAUGAACGACGCAACAAAGACAGCAGAAGCGAUCAAACGAGACAUGGCCGAACUCAAGAAACGUCUUCUUACUGUCGAACAGAAUGACAAAUGCGCUUCAUGCGAGCUGCCACUCUUGACGAGAGAAUUUUAUGUCUUUCCAUGUCAGCAUACCUUCCAUGCUAAUUGCUUGAUCGGACAGGUCAAGGAGUAUCUCCCAACCCCCACUCUACGGCGAAUCGUCCUGCUUCAGGAUGAGUUGAUGAAGUUGACCGGGAAACUUAUCGAAAAGCCCCGUCACCGCCAAAAGGCACCCUCCAUGCCUGGAAUGAUUGAAGUUCCGGGUCAUCAGCGCCAGGAAUCGCAUUCAAGUGCCACCCAACCGGUUGAGAAUGGACCUGGAGGAUUAUUGUCUUCAAACUUCAAUCGCGCUGUCGUCGCCCCGGCUGUGGCAGGGCGGAAUGCGUUCGUUGCUGCUGGCGCAGGAUUACGGGAUCUGGUUAUCCCUGAAUCACUGGCAAGUGCGAUAGCGAGCAACAUUAACUUGGGGAUUCCUAACGUAUGGGGCGGGAACGGAGGAGGGGAAUUAAAGAAUGGUAUGACGACGCAACAACUUCAGGAGAGAGCUACCAAGUUGAAGGAGGAACUGGAUGAGCUGUUGGCUGCCGCUUGUCCAUUAUGCGAGUCUGUCGUUGCAGGACUGGAUAAACCGUUUGUUCUACCCGAAGAGCGGGAUCGUUCUUGGGAUCUUUAGCUAUCGUUAUGCUGUUGACAUUAUUUGUUGGAAUCAAAAGUCAAUUUUCGGCG